AUGUCAAUCCCACCAACCAAGUCCCCAAAACAGCUCUACCGUGACGCUGUUCCCAACGCGAAAGCCGACCUAGGGACGCCACCCAGGAAGAUUUCAACGCCCUCACAUCCCAUCGGCCCAACCUUGGUGAACCCUGGAGUCAAAUCCAAGCAACGACAGAAGCCAUCCGUGCCCUUCUCGGCGCUUUAUUCUCCCCCGUCCAAACCGGCGAUUUUCGUCGCGAGACAGGUCGGGACACAACCAGCCAGGUCGGGAGCUGUCUGCAAGGGUUGGAAGGACCAUGAAUGGAGGCCAGAUAUCGAAGCCGUGGGUGCAGAUGAGUUCGAGUCAAAUAAAGCAGCUGCCUCGCCUCAAAUUCUGGUUCCAAACUUCGCGUCGCCUUACGAGAACAGCUUUCCCCAACUCCCUGCUCUUCUGAUCAUACCGCACUUGCCAGUCGGUACCAUGGCGGAGCAAGCAUACUUCGGUCGUUUCCAGACCUUCGCCCCAGACCCGCAAGCCACCGUCCUCGAAAACUUCGCGCAGCUCGCCAUCUCGAAUGGCUGGGGGAAGAAGAGCCAGGAGUACAAGGACGAGAGAAAGAGCUACAUGAUCGCUCUGGCCGAUACCCACAUCGAAAGCAUCGAGAGAGGUGGCGCGGCGGGAACGCUGGCGGGCUUGCAAGGGCUGUGUAAGGAGCUGCGAGUCUGUCCUAUCCCGACAUCGAUCACUCAGUGCAAGAAGAAAUUGAGGACGGUCCAUGUCUGUAUCGUCGACCUCAUCGACAAUCGACGCCUCGGCGGCACUCGAGUCCAUAUUUUUCCCUGCCAUCGUGAGCUCCAACAGCACAUUAAGAAGAGAAAGCAUUAUUUCCCCAAGUACGAAGCGAAAGAGAAGGAAGGUGGCCUUUUGAAAGUCCUGCUGCGGAAGAUAAAGGGGUAUGAGGCCUGA